CGGACGUAAAAAGAUUUUGCUAGAGUAGAAUAGUUAAAAUGUUGAUUUUAAUUUUUGGAGUGCUUCUAGUUGGAUGUACAGCAUCCUCAAUCGGUGGCGAACGUGUCAAAGAAUUCGCAUUCAGUCCACAUUACCAUAACGAAGGUCCGACAGACGAAGCUUCAUCGUUUGUGUCAGACACACCAAAACUAAGCAUCUGCGAUGCAUACAAGACCCAAUUAUCAGAACCAAAACCAAAGAAAACAUUUUGCAACGUAAAAUGCGAAACCUUCACAACAGUUAAAUGCACACUUCCUGAACUUGACAUUCCUGAGUGUAAUGAAUAUGCUGCUUAUGUCUAUAAAAGGAUUUUAUCCAACUUCGAGGUAAUGAAGCAAAAUGAUUUUGCUUGUGAAGUGCCAACAGCUAAAGACUACAAAAUAAAACCAAAAUUGGCAGCUCCAAUCAGCAGCUCUGAGACAAAAAAAUCAAAAUUCUGUGAGGAAUACAAAAAGUUGUCUACACCAAGUGAUUUUGAGUUUCCGUGCUAUAUUAUGUGUGACAGUAAUAUUGUCGGCGUUUCUUUAGAAGGCAACAAGCUUGAUUGGGAGCUUACAUGCGAAUCAUACCAGCAUGCAUGCACAUUCGAGUCAUCAGAUAUUCCAAUGAAGGUUGGAAGUAUAUGUGAAGCUUUCCGUCGUUAUGUUAUGAGUAAAGUGAAGCUUGGUGAAAGAGAUUAUCAUCAUUGUAAUGUUUACAAUCAUGGACCACAGUUUGAUUAUUAUAAUAGAACCUUGCAUUGAGAUUUUUUAAUUCUAAAAUUGUAAUUUUGAGAUGACUUUUGUAAAGUGUCAAUAAAUAUAGAAAUUAAGAUAAAAAGUGAAAAUGCUGGGAA